CUGGAGGUGGAUGGAAGGAAUGGAGGAAUUACAUCACCAAGUAAUGAUCUAAUGAUUUUUGCUAUUCUAGUCCUCUAAGUGUUCCGCAAAUUUCUCAUAUAUCCAUGCCUCACCGGCAACGACCUAUGGAGAUAACGACCGGGGAGGAUGACAAGGGUCUCAAGGUGUAUGACCCUGGUUAUUUGAACACAGCUCCUGUACGCUCAUCAAUUUCCUAUAUUGAUGGGGAUCAGGGGAUCCUUCGAUACAGGGGCUACCCAAUUGAGGAGUUGGCCGAGAGCAGUACCUUCUCAGAAGUGGCCUACGUCCUCAGUAAGUAGUCCAGCGUGAAAAAGGAACACAACAUGUUAGAGUUGAUGUGAUGAGCUUUCUUCCUAUGAACCCAAAUUGAGUUUCUCAUUAUUUGCUUUUUUUUUUAUUAUGGGUACUGGAUAGAAAGUGAAAGUCUUGAUCAUCAUUUUAUUUUAUCCUUUAAAGAAGUAAAAGACGAAGGUUUUGAGAUUGAGCAUGACAUUUAUUACUGUAUUUUCUGCACCAAAUUAUUGUGAUCAGGUAACGAAUUCUUGAUUUACUGUAAAUGUGAUCAUUAUUUUCUAGCAAAUUUACCCAAGGGCAUUGUGUGAUUAUUUUUUUAUGCAACUCUGUAUUGGUAGAGUGGAACAAAAGCAUAUUCUUUGUUACUUUAUCAUUCAUUGUCUAGAAAAUCAAAUUGUAUGGUUUUACAAAGUAGCUCAGCAAAGGAUAAAAGUCAGUAUUUCAU